CAUUUCUUGGACAUUAAACCACUCAGUAUCGUUCAGUCCUUUUCGAAAGCAGUAAUAUGGCUGUCACUCUCGUAUUGUCGAUUCUUAUAGUUUUGGUGAUUCUCUAUUUCUUCUUGACGAAAAAUUAUAAAUAUUGGCAAAAACGUGGAAUACCUUGCCCAGAUGGAGCCUUGCCCGGUGUCGGUCACUUCUGGGAAGUCACCACACAAAAGAUCACUAUAAGCGAAUGGUGUUGUAGGAUCUACAAUGCAUAUCGGGAUCGCAGUAUGGUAGGAAUCUACAAUUUCAUGACGCCGACGUUGAUGGUCCGCGAACCGGAAUUGGUAAAGACGGUGCUGCAGACAAGUUUUACGAACUUUCAUGAGAAUGGUUUGAAGAUCGAUCCUAAAUUGGAUCCUCUUCUGGCGAACAAUCCUUUCUUCAACUACGGUGAAAAAUGGAUGACCGGGAGAAAGCGCUUGACCUAUGCGUUCUCCAGCAUGCGACUAAAAAUCCUGCUCGAGACCGUCAAGCAGGUGUGCCAGACAUUCGAAGGUUACCUGGACAAAAAAAUAGAUAAAGCUGGAAAAGUGGAGUUAGAGCUAAAGGAAUUGUUCUCCAGAUUCACUUCACAGGUGGUAUCUGGUGCUGGUUUUGGCAUCGAUGGCUUAAGCUUCAACGAAGAGAAAGAGAAAGAUUCUUUCUACGCAAUGGAUGUUAUGGAACAAAGAAGGAAGGAGGCGACACCCAGAAACGAUUUUCUUCAGCUGAUGUCUGAUCUGGAACGAAUAGAAGGCGAUAAGUUUAACUUAGAAAUUCUUACGUCCCACGCGGUAUCAUUUUUCGUCGACGGUUAUGAAACUUCCAGCUCAGUCUUAAGUUUUAUAGGCUUCCACUUGGCUAGUAAUCCAAAAGUGCAGGAAAAAUUACGCGAAGAGGUGAUGUCUGUGCUGAAUAAAUAUGAUGAUGUGAUUACUUAUGAAGCCUUGAAGGAUAUGACAUACAUGGAUCAGGUAAUAAAUGAAUCGAUGAGAAUCUUACCUACUCUGGGAUUCCUAAGCAAGGUUUGCACGGAGGAGACUGAGUUGAGAGGGUCCGAUGGGCUCGUCUGUCGCGUAGAACGUGGAAUGUACAUCAUGAUAUCAAUUAGCGGUCUACAGACAGAUCCACGAUACUGGGAGAAUCCCGAAGAGUUUGAUCCCGAUAGGUUUGGUCCAGAUAGAAAACACAACAUCGAGAAAUUCACCUUUCUUCCUUUCGGCGAAGGACCGCGAAUGUGUGUAGGAAUGAGAAUGGCUCAACUGCAGAUGAAAGCGUGUUUGGCUACGUUUUUGAGAAAAUACAGCAUAGAGCUUUCUCCAAAGACACAGUUACCUUUAAAAAUGAUAUCUUCGACCUUCCUGGCCAAUGCAGAAGGCGGUCUUUGGAGUAUAAUCCAGCCGAUUUAACUAUGAGAUUUUAUUUACCUUUUUUCUUGUAUGAAUUUUUUUGGAUUGUUAUUCAGCCGCAAUUU